AUGACGGGUUCUAAGUCCUUUGUAGGAGCAUUUGCUCCACGUCCUUCGGGAAAGCCUUAUGCUUCAACAGCGGACAUGGUCAUGGAACUGAACAUGCUCACGGAAACCAUGAAAGAUAUGACCUCCCAAAUCGAACAAUAUCAGGGCGGUAUGAGCAAUCUGCUUUACUUGACUGGGGGCACCUACAAGGUCUAUGAUAGUGCCUUGAUCGCACAGAAAAGAAUCGCAUCCACAGAGGUCACGGAAGGCCGGGACGAGGAAGAUCAAGUCUUGACUGCUACCUACGAAAUGAUCAACGCCCUGACUCAGGCUAUUGUGGCUACUGCAAGCAAGGCCCCCUUUGUGAAGAAGAUCCCCAGCGGAUCUUCUAUUGUCCAGGCGGUCUUGCGCAAGAUCUAUGAAGCGAAGGAAGGGUUACGGGCGGCACUUCUCAGGCACUGUGCAAAUGGGUUUACGUCGGAAAUCCUGGAAUUGCUCCGCGACUUCGAGCAGAGGUACACAGAUAUGAUGUCAGAUCUAAGAGCCUAG